CCGUGUUUCUCUGAGCUGCUGAUAAAAGCUGAGUCUCAGGCUCUUCAGACAGAGUGAGCUGCAGCCUCGGAUCUACACCUGACACCUCUAACCCCACACACCUCAGGAGUAAUGUCUGCCGUCUGCCUUCUCCUGCUGAUGCUCCCUCUGGUGUCAGCACAGACCUAUCACUGGGGUCCCUGUCCCACACCCAAAGUGCAGCCCAACUUCAACCUUCAACAGUAUCUGGGUAGAUGGUAUGAGAUUGAGAAGCUCCCCGCUUCCUUCGAAAGAGGAAAGUGCAUCGAGGCAAACUACGCGAUCAGGAAGGAUGGUACCAUCCAGGUCCUGAACUCUCAGUUCUAUAAGGACAAGGUGAGAAUAGCAGAAGGCACGGCGGUGGUUCAGGACCCGAGAGAACAGGCCAGACUUGGAGUAAGCUUCUCCUAUUUCACUCCCUACAGUCCAUACUGGGUUCUGAGCACUGACUACACCAGUUUGUCCGUCGUGUACUCCUGCACAGAUGUCCUGCGCCUGUUCCACGUCGACUACGCCUGGAUCCUUGGCCGGUCGCGCUUCCUGCCUCCUGAGACUGUGCGUUACGCCAAAAACCUGCUGAUCAACGAAGGAAUUGACCUGUUCAGGAUGAAGGCCACAGAUCAGAUGGGCUGCAAGGAUAACUAGGGAUUCAUGGAAACACGGCUGUGCAGUGUAUUAUGAGAGUACUGGACUCAUAAUGUUAUAAGAUGCAGUUUUUUUUCAGAGAUCAAGGUGAUUCAGUCAGACAAGGUUUUGUAUAAUUGGCAUCUUAAUGCUUUGGCUAAAAAAGUUUAUCAUGGAAAGAAAAAUGAAAAUGUAACAAAAUGUGUGUUUAAAAAAAGUUAUCCAUUAAUUGGAACUCUUUUGUAUUCAAUCAGGAUCUCAGUAUGAUUUGAUUUCUAUUUUUAUUUUUCAAGGAUCAUCCAUAUAUAGUGUGGAUUGGAGUAUGUCUCAACAAAAACUGGUUCAAUCUGCAGCCUUUAUCUUUAAAAUAUAUGUUUAUAUUUUAAUUCUCUAUUAGCUGCUCAAUACUUUAAAGAUGGGGAAACUGAUUUUGUAAAACCUGCCUCAGCACCAGUGCCUGUAAUUCAUUUGAUUACAUUACAACUAUUAAUAUAUUGUUUUUUCAUGUACUCUAUUAGUGCAUCUUGUAUUAUUUACUAUAACGUGUUCCUUAAUGAAUCAAAUGCUCUUAAAAAAAACAGUGUAUUAAAGGUGUAUUCAUUAAGCAGCUAUUGUUCUUUGUUUAUUCUCUCAUUUAUCUGAUGAGCAUUGUCCUGACUCACUGUGAAGAUGGAAAAGAAUUUCAGUCUUUCCAGUUCAAAAACAUGAUCUCUUGUUUAUAAAAAGAAAGAAAAACCAAUAGAAAUCAAAGGAAGUAAACCGUAUUUGCUGACAUUGUUCACAAAUAAGACGUUCUUUAAAAACACAUAACAUAAAAACUGCUACACAUACAGUAUAUGUAUAAUAUAGUAGACACUGAUGAUAGCUUUUAAGUUUUUCCUCAAGCUCUGGGAAUACUUAAAAAAAAAAAAACACUAGCGCUGCAAGUAAUGAUUGUUCUUAUUGUUGAUUAAUCUGCCGCUUAUUUUAUCAAUCAGUCAAUUUUUCAUGGUGUAAUUUCUCACGUA